AUGGAAUCUCAGACUUCUUUGGAUUAUUUAAUAGAAACUGAGGAUUUUUUAGGCAAAUUUGCCAAAGCAUUAGAAAGAGACGAUGAAGGCCGGAAACACACAUUUGAGAUUUUAGCAGCUCUAUGUGUGUAUUCUAAAGAAGGAUAUAACAGAGCUGUGGGUGUUCUAGAGCAUCACAAGAACACAAAGAAAAAGAAAUACCGCUUCAGCUUAGUGGUAGAUGAACUGAGAGCUACGGAUAAUGUCCAUUAUAAAAUCAUUCUAUUGGAAUUCAUCAACUGCCUUAUAAUUUAUACAGAUAAAGCCGAGAACAGAAUUCGCAUCAGAAAUGAAUUUUUCAGUAAGUACCUUUUUUGA